GCCAGGCUAGGCUGCGCGCGCGGGGCGGCUGGCUAAACUUCACCAAAUAAUAGCUGGCUGGGCUUUGGCUGCCGCAGGAGCCAUUUUAGAAGUAACAUUCAUCCUCAAGUUGAUGAUAAUGAAAAUACAGAAGAAAGAAAAGCAGCUGUCUCAUUCCCUGAUGUCUGGCGCCUCACUCCCUUGCGAGUACAAGCCUCAGGCCCCCUUCGCCAGCAGCGCCGAUCAGGAGGACCUGUGUCCCCACGUGAACAUUGCAGACUUGGCCAGUCACUACCAGUGCCCAGAGGAGGAGCCUGGCGAGGCUGUACAGAAGAGGACACCAUCCCAGAAUGGCAUGCAGGACAGCGGGGGUGGGGGCACCGGGGUGAAGAAGAAACGGAAGAAAAAGGCCCCAGGGGAGUUGGAAGUGGGGGAGAAAGGAGCUUUGGAGAGAGAGAUGAAACCAAAGAGGAAGAGAGAGCCAAAGGAGCCCAAGAAACCCAGGGAGCCCAAGAAACCCAGGGAGCCCAAGCAGAAGGAGGCAGCCAAGAAACCCAGGAAACCCCGGGAGGCCAAAGCCCCCAAGGAGCCUAAAGAAAAAAAGAGCAGCACUGAGCCGGCCCCCAAGGCAAAGCCCAAGAAGGCCAGCAAGGAGCAAGGACCAACCCCCGUGGAGAAGAAGAAGAAAGGGAAAAGGAAAAACGAGAUCCCAGUGGAGAGUUUGGAAUUGGAUCAAGGCCUCCUUAGCCCGUCUCUGCAGAGCCCUGAGGAGUCUGCUGAGUCGGCCGACAGCCAGAAGCGCCGCUCGGGUCGCCAGGUGAAGCGGAGGAAAUACAAUGAGGACCUGGAUUUCAAAGUGGUGGAUGACGAUGGCGAGACGAUAGCAGUGCUGGGAGCUGGGCGAGCCUCCGCACUCUCCGCGUCCACGCUGGCAUGGCAGGCAGAGGAGCCCCCUGAGGAUGAUGCCAACAUCAUUGAGAAGAUCCUUGCCUCCAGACUGGUGCAGAAGGAGGUUCAUCCAGGCGGCCUGGCCUAUGAGAUGGAGGAAUUCUACGUCAAGUACAGAAACUUCUCCUACCUGCACUGCAAGUGGGCGACGCUGGAAGAGCUGGAGAAAGACCCCAGGAUCUCUCAGAAGAUAAAGCGCUUUCGGAACAAGCAGGCCCAGAUGAAGCAUAUCUUCACAGAGCCUGACGAGGAUUUGUUCAACCCAGACUACGUGGAGGUGGAUCGGAUCCUGGAGGUGGCUCACACGAAGGACUCUGACACCGGGGAGGAGGUGACCCACUACCUGGUCAAAUGGUGCUCGCUGCCGUAUGAGGAGAGCACCUGGGAGCUGGAGGAAGACGUUGACCCUGGAAAAAUCAAAGAGUUCGAGACCUUGCAGAUCCCACCAGAGAUCAAACAUGUGGAGCGCCCCGCUUCUGAGUUCUGGCAGAAACUGGAGAAGUCACGGGACUAUAAGAAUAGCAACCAGCUACGGGAGUACCAGCUGGAGGGGAUGAACUGGCUGCUCUUCAACUGGUACAACAGGAAGAAUUGCAUCCUGGCGGAUGAGAUGGGCCUGGGGAAGACGAUCCAGUCGAUCACCUUCCUUUCUGAGAUCUUCCUGAUGGACAUUCAUGGUCCCUUCCUCAUCAUUGCGCCGCUCUCCACCAUCACCAACUGGGAGCGGGAGUUCCGCACCUGGACGGAGAUGAAUGCUAUCGUGUACCAUGGCAGCCAAAUCAGCAGGCAGAUGAUCCAGCAGUAUGAGAUGGUGUACAGGGACAUGCAGGGUAACCCUCUUCCAGGGAUCUUCAAAUUCCAUGUGGUGAUCACCACCUUCGAGAUGAUCCUCGCCGACUGCCCCGAGCUGAAGAAGAUACAGUGGCGCUGCGUGGUCAUCGACGAGGCCCAUCGGCUGAAGAACAGGAACUGCAAGCUGCUGGAGGGGCUGAAGCUUAUGGCUCUGGAACACAAGGUGCUGCUGACUGGGACACCCCUGCAGAACUCAGUGGAGGAGCUCUUCAGCCUGCUGAACUUCCUGGAGCCCCAGCAGUUCCCCUCAGAGACAGCGUUCCUGGAGGAGUUUGGGGACCUGAAGACAGAGGAGCAGGUGAAGAAGUUACAGUCAAUCCUGAAGCCCAUGAUGCUGCGGCGGUUGAAGGAUGAUGUGGAGAAGAACCUGGCGCCCAAGCAGGAGACCAUCAUCGAGGUGGAGCUGACCAACAUCCAGAAGAAAUACUACCGGGCCAUCCUAGAGAAGAACUUCUCCUUCCUGUCCAAGGGCGCCAACCAGCACAACAUGCCCAACCUCAUCAACACCAUGAUGGAGCUGCGCAAGUGCUGCAACCACCCCUAUCUCAUCAACGGGGCGGAGGAGAAAAUCCUGGAAGAUUUCCGUAAGUCGCACAGCCCAGAGGCGCUGGACUUUCAGCUGCAGGCCAUGAUCCAGGCGGCUGGCAAGCUGGUGCUGAUUGACAAGCUGCUCCCCAAGCUGAUCGCCGGUGGGCACAAGGUGCUGAUCUUCUCCCAGAUGGUGCGCUGCCUGGACAUCCUGGAGGACUAUCUCAUCCAGAGGCGAUACACCUAUGAGCGCAUCGAUGGGCGGGUGCGCGGGAACCUGCGCCAGGCUGCCAUCGAUCGCUUCUGCAAACCGGACUCAGACCGCUUCGUCUUCCUCUUGUGCACCAGGGCGGGAGGCCUGGGCAUUAACCUCACAGCUGCCGACACCUGCAUCAUCUUCGAUUCAGACUGGAACCCACAGAACGACCUCCAGGCACAGGCGCGCUGCCACCGGAUCGGGCAGAGCAAGGCCGUGAAGGUCUAUCGCCUCAUCACCAGGAACUCCUACGAGCGCGAGAUGUUCGACAAGGCCAGCCUCAAGCUGGGCCUGGACAAGGCCGUGCUGCAGGACAUCAACCGCAAGGGCAGCACCAACGGGGUGCAGCAGCUCUCAAAGAUGGAGGUCGAAGACUUGCUACGGAAAGGAGCAUACGGGGCUUUAAUGGACGAGGAAGAUGAAGGCUCCAAGUUCUGCGAGGAAGAUAUUGAUCAGAUCCUGCAGCGCAGAACCCAAACGAUCACUAUCCAGUCGGAGGGGAAGGGUUCCACCUUUGCCAAGGCCAGCUUUGUCGCUUCAGGGAACAGAACUGACAUUUCCUUGGAUGACCCCAACUUCUGGCAGAAGUGGGCUAAGAUAGCAGAGCUGGACACGGACGCAAAGAACGAAAAGGAGAGCUUAGUGAUCGACAGGCCCCGUGUCCGCAAGCAGACCAAGCACUACAACUCCUUCGAGGAGGAUGAGCUGAUGGAGUUCUCGGAGCUGGACAGUGACUCCGACGAGCGGCCCACGCGCUCGCGGCGCCUCAAUGAGAAGACGCGGCGCUACCUGCGGGCUGAGUGCUUCCGCGUGGAGAAGAACUUGCUCAUAUUCGGCUGGGGGCGCUGGAAGGAUAUCCUGACCCACGGACGGUUCAAGUGGCACCUGAACGAGAAGGACAUGGAGAUGAUUUGCCGGGCCCUCCUGGUCUAUUGCGUCAAACACUACAAGGGAGAUGAGAAGAUUAAGAGUUUUAUAUGGGAUCUGAUCACUCCGACGAAGGACGGCCAGAACCAGGCCCUGCAAAAUCACUCAGGGCUGUCGGCCCCAGUGCCCAGGGGCAGGAAGGGGAAGAAGACGAAGAACCAGAUGCUGCUGCCUGAGAUAAAGAACGCAGACUGGCUGGCCAGCUGCAACCCUGAUAUAGUCCUGCAUGAUGACAGCUACAAGAAGCACCUGAAACAGCACUGCAACAAGGUGCUGCUGCGGGUGCGAAUGCUCUACUACCUGAAAGCUGAAGUGCUGGGAGAGGUGGCUGACAAAGCCUUCGAAGGGACCCCGGCCAGGGAGCUGGACGUGCUGUUGCCGGAUAUCGACUAUGUGGAGAUCCCAGUGGACUGGUGGAAUGCAGAGGCUGAUAAAUCGCUGCUUAUUGGAGUUUUCAAACACGGUUAUGAGAGGUACAACGCCAUGCGAGCAGACCCGGCACUAUGCUUCCUGGAGAAGGUGGGCAUGCCAGACGAGAAGCUGCUGUCUGCGGAGCAGGGCGUCAAUGAUGGGGCACAGGAUGCUGCAGAAAGAGGAAACGUUGAGAAAGAAGAGAACAGUGGAGACAGAAUCGAGGGGCUGCCACAGCAGGAGGACUCUGGGAAUUUGUGUGGAGAAGCUGCUGAGAAGCAGGAUGACAAUGUGGCAGCCCAGGAUGGCUCCGACUCAGAAAGAUCCUGCUGGCCUGUCUCGUCCGCCCUCACAGCCAGACUGCGGCGGCUCGUCACCGUUUACCAGCGUUGCAACCGCAAGGAGCUGCCCCCCCGAGCCGAGAUGCUUGUGCCCAGUAACCAUGGCUACUGGCUGCAAGAGGAGAUGUUCAGGAGAGCUGCUGAGUUGGACCCGGUGAACAAGGAAAUGCAGAAAAGAUGGACGAGAAGGGAGCAGGCAGAUUUCUACCGCACUGUCUCCUCCUUCGGGGUCAUCUAUGACCAGGAGAGGAAGGCCUUUGAUUGGACCCAGUUCCGAGCCAUUUCCCGCUUGGAGAAGAAGACAGACGAGAGCCUGGAGAAAUACUUCUACAGCUUUGUGGCCAUGUGCAGGAAUGUCUGCCGUCUCCCCCUGUGGAAAGAGGACGCAGGUCCACCUGAUCCCAGCAUCUACGUUGAGCCAAUCACAGAGGAGCGUGCUGCAAGAACGCUGUACCGGAUUGAACUUCUAAGGAAGGUCCGGGAGCAAGUGCUCAAGUACCCGCAGCUCCAUGAGCGGCUCACGCUGUGCAGGCCCAGCCUGUACCUUCCUGUCUGGUGGGAGUGUGGCAAGCAUGACCGGGACCUGCUGCUUGGAACAGCCAAGCAUGGACUGAACCGCACUGACUACUACAUCAUGAACGAUCCUGAGCUGUCAUUUUUGGACGCAUAUAGAAACUAUGCUCAGCACAAAAGAGCAGGUGCCCAAGGCCCAGAAAACCUGUGCUGCCUCCAUCAGAUGAACUCCAAACUCUAUGGCUCCCCUUCAUACUGCCAGAUGGAAAGGACCUGUGAGUCCCUGGAGAACGAAGCUGAGAGCCAGAUCAAGCUCGAAAACCUGGAGGAUGCGCUCUCCCGAGCAGAGGGCAGCCCCCAGGACAUGAGCUGCGACACGUUCCUGUCGACAGUGCGGGACAUCAUUUCCAUGAACUGUGAUGAGAGCUCCUUGCCGGACUCUCUGAUGUGCAUGAUGUAUGAGGAGAAGGCGUGCCCCAGUGAGCACAGCUCUCUCGCCCAUGACAGCCCCAGCUGUACACAUGUCAGCAACAGUGCUGCCAAAUUUGCUGAGGGCAAACUAGAUGGGGAUGAGGACCCUUCCAGCUGUGAGGCUGAGGCCAUCAGAGAGACCUCCUUCCUGGAGAGCUUGCAGAUGGGCUGUGACCAAAUGGAUAGUCCCAAUGAAGGUGGGGAGCCUUGGCCCUCAGCCCCAGCCAGCCAGCCCUCCAGGAGUGUCUCCACCGAGAUCAGUGAUGCUUUGCAGCGGGCCAAUCCAGGGCCUGGGUCACCUGUGCUCGCCAGUACGGAGGGGGUGAUCAGCCUAGGCCUGUAUGGGCCCAGUCUCCAUAACUUGGAGAUAAAGAUCCCACCGGAGCAGAGGUUCAUGGGCCUGUUACACAAGAAAGGCUUGGAGGAUAAAUCGGUGCCAAGUCAGAGCCACAGCGAGGAGGAGGAGGAGGAGAAUUCUGAGAUGGCAGCAGAUGCUGUAGAAGGAUUGAGGGGCACCCCAGAGGCCAGGACUGAAGGGAACCCCAAAGCUAACACACUAGCGGGGGAGGAAUCUGGUUCCAGCCUUCCUGCUCCCAAGAACACUUGCCCAGGAGUGAAUGGUGAGGCAGAGCUUUCAGGACAGGUGGCAUUGCAGUGUAACAGUGGGGCAGGGGAUGGGGAGGCCAACCACAAGAGCGCUGCAGAGCAUUUGCCAGACUGGCCGAACAGCCUCCCCCCAGCACCUAGCCCAGCUGCAGCUGCUCAGCCGGAGCUCCCAAAGGCUGGGUCCGUCAGCAUGGGAGGGGAGCACUGGGAAGCUGGCUCUGCUGCGCAGAUGGGGAGCAGCACGGCCUGGCACCUGGAAGAGCACAAGCCAAAGCAGGAAGACGAUGAAUGUGAGAACAAAGAUGAGGAAGAGAAAGAGGGCACUGGCCAGAGCCGAGAUUGUCCAGAGAAGUAUUUGGAAGAGGAGAGCAAGAGCUCUCCCUGUGCCCAGGUUGGAGAGAUGGACGAGCUGCAGGAUUCCCGUGCACCCACCAUUGCCCAGCUGCUGCAGGAGAAGACGCUCUACUCCUUCUCAGAGUGGCCUAAGGACCGAGUGAUCAUUAACCGCAUAGAUAAUAUCUGUCACGCCAUCUUAAAGGGCAAGUGGCCCUCUUCUAGCCAGCAGUUUGAAACACAAACCCUGAUGCCCACAUCAGGGUUAGCCAGCAACGCAGGCACUAGGAACAGCUUUGCCGAGCCAGAAGCCCCGGACCCCAGCUUCAACAACGGAGUGUUAGUUGCACAAGUACAAAAGGAAAGCUUCCUGGCUCCUGCCUUUACGAAGGAUGAACGAAAGCACAGGCAGCCCUAUGAGUUUGAGCUGGAGAGAGACGCCAAACCUAGAAGCCUCGAACAGUUAGCUGCAUCACACUCCCGUCCACCUGUAGUGCUGAAUGGCUGGCGGGACUCGGCAGGGAACCUGGCCAGAGCAUCUGAUGGAUCCCCAGGAAACCCCACUCCUUUCCCCCUGAACAGUAACCUGCCCAAGUUAGGGACAGUGCACUCCCUGCAGGGGUCCCUGGGCAUGGACUUGUCCGGCAUCCUCCAGGCAGGGCUAAUCCAUCCUGUCACAGGGCAGAUUGUCAAUGGAAGCCUCCGGAGAGAUGAUGCUGCCAUGAGGAGACGACGGGGCAGGAGAAAAAAUGUGGAAGGGAUGGACCUUAUCUUCUUGAAGGAGAGGAGCCUUCAAACCGGGCUGCAGGAUGUUCAGGAAGAUCAGACCCAGCCUGCACAGAGCAGCCCGCACCCGGACGGGCUGGUCACCGCUACCUCAACUCCGCAUACUGUCACAGCCGCAAGCAUCCGGACAGAGAAGGCUGUUCCAAACAAGAGUCUCCUGGACUGGCUAAGACAGCAGUCGGACUACACACUCGAUGUCCCUGGCUUCAGCACAAGUUUUUCAGACAAGCCCAAGCAGAGGAGGCAGCGCUGCAAGGACCCCAGCAAACUGGACAUAAACUCACUCACAGGAGAGGAGCGGGUGCCUGUGGUCCAUAAGGGUACAGGACGGAGGUUAGGGGGAGCCAUGGCACCAGCAUUGAAGGAAUUGCCAAGGUGGCUUGAUGCAAACUUGGAGUAUGCUGUUGCAGCAGACUGGGCUGACAUUGUUAAGCUUUCAGGAUUCCUCCCAGAAAGCAAGUUCAAUCGUAUCCUAACUGAGCCUGUGCUCCGGGACACCGGGCCCCGUCGAAGAGGGAGGAGGCCAAGAAGUGAACUUAUUAAAGCCCCUGGCGUCGUAUCGGAUUCUUCUUCUGGAAUGGGACCGUUAUUCAUGAAUGGACUUAUUGCUGGAAUGGAUCUAGUGGGACUUCAGAACAUGAGAAACAUGCAAGGCAUCCCUUUAACUGGGCUGGUUGGGUUUCCUGCUGGAUUUGCAGCAGUGCCUGCUGGUGAGGAUGUCAAAAGCACCCUAAGUAUGUUGCCUAUGAUGCUGCCAGGCAUGGCUACUGUACCACAGAUGUUUGGUGUAGGAGGACUUCUAAACCCACCAAUGACAACUACUUGUACUUCAACUGCUCCAGCUUCAUUAACAAGCACAACUAAAAGUGGUACAUCAAAUACGGAAAAAGCUACUGAGGACAAACAAAGUAGCCAGGAUGUGAAAAAUGAACCUCUGUCUGAAGACAAACCUGGUCCUAGUUCAUUUUCUGAUCAGACAGAAUCUGCAAUAACUACCAGUAGUCCUGUUGCUUUUAAUCCAUUUCUUAUCCCAGGAAUGUCCCCUGGACUGCUCUAUCCAUCUAUGUUUCUUUCCCCUGGUAUUGGCAUGACAUUGCCAGGCAUACAACAAACCAGACACUCUGAGGCAACAAAUCUAGAAAGCCAGAAGCGGAAGAGAAAGAAAGCUAAAGGGGAACCAACAAAUCCAGAACCAGAAACUGUCUCGCUGUCUGAAAAAGAAGCUGCAAACAGUCAAAACUGUACAGAGCAAACCCAAUCUCUGUCAUCAGAGAAAGAACAUGACAUACAAGCAGAAGAGAAGGAGUUAAAAGAAAUUAACAAUACCAAUUAGAAUUUUUGUUUCAUUAAGAAAAAAGAUUGUGGCUUGUAAGUUUCUUAUCCCAUAAAUAUUUGUUACUUACCCUCCUGCCCCCUCUUCACCUUCAUAAAACCUGUGUUUCCAUGAGUAAUAUUAUCUACCUAAUUCCCUGUAAGAAAACUAUGGUGACAUAUUAUAUGUUAAUAGUUGCAGGGUCUUGCCACUUUAUUAGAUAAACAGUGUUGUCUAGUUAGUAUGGGAGGCACAGAAUUCUUCUUCUGUUAUCCAGUUGUUCAUCCCAACCAACAAUAGUAAAUCCAGCACUUGGUCACCCCCAAAAUUGCUCAUUUAUCUGGGGAAAAAUUAAAAAGCAAAACCGGAGCAAAAGAAAGUACUUUCAUCUCUUGAUCUCAAUGCAGACAAGGGUAUUUCUUUUUACAGUGACACUGAAUGAAUAAAACUGUAUUUUGGGGUAAAAAGCACAGCUAUAGUAAGUGCUACUGUGUAUUUUUGAUUUAAAGUAUUUCCCUAUUUUAUCAUGGUUACUAGAAUAGUAGUAUAGACAGAAGUAUAUAACUAAUGAUUGAAAAUGCAUAUAUUCAUUUCUUUUAAAAAAAGCAUAACUGGUAGUGAUAUAAUUUCCUCCCCUUUCACUCCUUGGAGUUUUGGAGACAAACUGCAGUAAGUGAAAAGAUUAUGUAGACUUUAUUUUAUAUUUUUUUAAAACCAAAGUUUUUUACAUUUAGUGGACUUUCAGUUGCCCUUUCCUUGUUAGUUACAAGAACUUUUCCAGCUUGUGCUGAAAAGGUUUUGCACAUCCUGCAUGUAUUUCAUUGAGUUUCUUGUACCUAAAGCUACCAGUUACUUCACCGAUCUGGUAGUAUUCAGUUCUCAUCUAUGGCAUCAGAAGUUCUGUAAAGAGUUGUUUUUCCAACAAUGAACAGGCCACUCAUAUAAUGCUCUUAUAUGAAUACUGAGGCUUUUGAGUUUUAAAUUUUUUUUACAGUUCUCCACCCCGCCCCAUAAAUGACAUCUUUUCUGAAAACAAAAACAAAAUAAACAGAAAGCUGUUGGGCUGGCUUUACAAUUGUGAGUCCUUUGAGAAGGACUGUUGAGGUUUUCAAAGCUUGUGUUUAUCUUCCUUUUCUAGGGUUAGACUGUGAAGAGAUUAUUUUUGCUUCUUCUUUCCAUUCCUCUUUGUUCUAUUUGCUGUUGAACAGUGUUCCCAGCAGUCCCGUUGGCAAAUUAUUCUACAGUAUGCAUUUUAAAUUCACAAGUUUUUAAUGUGAUCAGUCCCCCAAACUCUGUGUCUUGAGACACCUCCACAGGUAAACUCCAUGUAGUCCUCGCUCCUCACUGCUCCUGUUUAGUUUUUCUUUCACUUGGGCUUGUUCUAAUUUGCAGCUCAUGGUUUGAGACUUGAAAUAAACACUUAGUGGUGCAGCAGUGAAAUGACAGACUGUUUGAGGGAGCUGAAGUGUGCUAGUAAUCAGUUUUGCAUUUGAUUGUCACCAUUUACUGUAUUUUUUACUUAUUUUCUGUUACAGUUUUCCUAAUUUAUCAGAUGGUCCAAAUGUUUUGACAUAACUAUUUCAGUUUGCAUUAUUUAUUUAUGAUGCUUUUUGUCAUUGUCUUUUAUACAUUUGGGAUUAUAAAUUAUGUACAUGUUACAAUUAGCAUCUCAAAGAAGUCUGUUACCCAUGACCUACAAAUUUAUAUUUUCAAGGAAUUUAUUCCCACUUUAUUGAAUUGGAUGUGAUUUUUUAAAGAAAAUUAUGUAACUGAUCAUAAUGCAAAAAAAUCAGAUCAUUAAAUGUGUUCUAUUUAAUAACACCCUUGUAGCAUAGAUACUGUAUCAUUAUCGACAGAUUUCUUAGAAAUGCUGCUAUCUCUAUUUAACUAACAGUUUGUUCAGUUUUGCCUCCAGUGGAAGCAGAAAGGGUUUUUUCAGCUGUUAAAUCCAAAAUCAAUAUAAUUUAUUUAUGUAAAAAAAUUACUUGAUUGAUAUAUUUUUGAACCUUUUAAGUACUAACUUUCUUUUUACUCAGUAGAACAUGUACUUGCCCUAAAUCCUUAAAAUACAAAUGCUAUAAAACUUCA